AGAACGAAAGGGCAGAAUUAAAUUCUUUCAUAUAAAACGAUAAAAAAGUAGUUGAAAAUAUAUUUUAUUGAAAAACAAAUCCUCAAAUUAAACGAAAAAGUUAUUAACAGUUCCACAACCGAAUAGAAGUUCAGUACUUUAAUCGGAAUCUUGAAAUCUAGCAGAUCACCAUUAAAUUUAUUCGAAAUGAUUUUGUUUUCAGGUUUGAUACAAAUGCUGUGAAUACAUGUUAGUAUGUAUUUUAUAGAUGAAUUUAUUAUGUACAACUCAUUUAAAAUAAUGAUUUUCAUGUCCACUGUGUACUCGGCCUCACUCACAAUUAUCAACUUGAGAAAGAAUUAAAAUUUGAAUUCAAAAUUCCACACACGUACGUUUCUUUUUUUCCUGGGAUUUUCAUCCGUAGAGAUGAUUCAUCCCGAAAGUUCCACACAGGUCGGCUAAAAUUCAAUUAAUAUGUCCUGCUACGGCAUUACCUUCUCAAGAAAUAUUUCUUGCUCGCAAGCAUUAAUUUCACAAAUACAGAUGAAAUGAGAAAAAUUAGCAUACCUUAAAUACUCUUAGCGUGAACUCUUGGCGAGUGAAUGAUUGCCAUUUUCAUGGUAGUACUAGUACUAGUACUAGAGUUUAUCUAGUUCUAGUUUGAUUAUUUUUAUCAUGGGUGCCAUCAGGCGUCAAGUUUAAUUUAUUUCACAAUUUCGCCACUUUAUUUCAGACACGAUGAACACCCGGUGAAGAAGAUAUUUUGCAAAGAUUUAUUUUUAAAUUUUUAUUGAAGUUAAAUUUUUCUGAAAACUUUAAAGGCGCGUACGAAGUUGUUCUUAACAAUCACUACACGUAUUAUUAUUUUGAGACACUUAAGAAUUCAGUCUAGAAAAACUGGCAUCCCUUAAUAAUUCAUUUUUUGUUUUCCCGGGUUCACUCUUUGUUUGAAUCGGAAUAAAAAACAAUCUUUAGUGGCGCAACUUGUUGAAAAGGCUUAAUUUCUUUCAAAAUUUUUUAAAACAAAUCAACUUAGCGACAAAUUCUAAUUUUUGCAUGAUUGAAUGAAUCUACAAAAAAUCUGAUAUUGAAAUUUGGAUAUACGAUACGUGCCCUUUCGACAUUUUAUCAAAAAGUUAUCAACAAAGAAUUGCAUUUUGUUUGAUUUGUUGUUGUACUUACUCGUAGUGGUCGUCAGCUGGUCUGUGUUUUCCGGUUGUAUCGAAAUGUCGGGUAUUAAAAAAUCGGCGAAUAAAAAAGCGGUGUACAGAGCAGCGUUUCGUAAGAAUCUUGACUAUGCGAUGGCGGGAAUUCCGGAGAUAGAGCCCUCGGUUUCGUCAUCUCUAUACCUGAAGAAACGUCGGCUUAUGUCUGUUGCGGAUGACUCGCCGGAGGCUACAAGUUUUGCGAGAACUCAACCCGUGAUCGUUUCUUCAGAAGAAACGGAUGAAUCAGAUACUGACCAAACAAGUGUCAAUCUUUCGAACGAGCCUGUUGAAGAAGAGCCAGGUGCCCCUAUAGCGGUUGAAGAUUGUGAUUGCAAGAAAAAGGUGGAUGACUUGAUGCAGAAGUUACACGAGAAGGACGCCGAAAUGAAAAGCCUUCGACAGGCCAACAUGAACCUACAGCGAGCAUUAGUUUCGAAGCUUAUUGCCAACCCGGACGAGCCAUUCAAAGAUCACUGUGGAAUUAUUGGAGUGGAAAGGAUUAAAAGAUUUAAUGAGGAAGCUGGAGACAGUGAUUAUUUAUUUGUUAAAUUUUUAAUGAAUGCCCUCUGGCCUGAAGGUUUUAGAGGUCGUUCGAUUUCCGGCCGACCGUCAAAUAACCCUUCGGGCUUGAAGAAAUCGACCGAUAGGGACCAAUCAGUGCAGCACACACAAACAACGCGGCUAGAGGAAGAUAAAAUUCGAUUUAUAAAAGAUCGACUUAGGGAAAGACGUGAAUUUUUCCGUGAUGAUGCAGCAGCCACCUUGGAGGCAUUGGAUAAAUGCAAUAGAUUCAUCAGAACGGUGAUGUAUAAUUCACUCAGGAAAAAAUCGUAGUAGUAAAUAUUUAUGAAGAAUCAAAAAAGAAAAGAAAAUUAGUUGCAGGAUUUAUUGAAUUUCGUUGCCAAUCUGCUAUUUUUUAAUAUUAAAGAUAAUUAACUUAGAUAACUUUUUUAAUAAAAGAAAAUGCCUAAUUAUGCUAUUUUAAUAAAUUUUAUACCCUAUCGUACUAUCAGUUGGUACCAUAAUUGAAUUUCCGAGCAGACUUGUAUUCCUGAACUAUUAUAUAUCCGAGCAGACUUUUAUGUACUUAAUAUACUUUUAUAAUAUUUAAUUUGGCUAUCAUGCCCUGAAUGUCAAUUUUGCUUUUAUUUUGCCUGAAUGAAGGUCGUACAAUAUACCAAAAUUUGGGUAUCGAUAGAUAGAAA